GAGCCAGCGCCGUCGGGUUGUGGGUGUCUCUUCUUUGGCGCUGCCACGUCAGUAUGUUGCACUUUUUCAUUUGCAACCAAGAGCGAUGGUCGAUGGCCGCACCAACUUGGCAGCGCGCAUCGCGGCACUCCGCGCAACGCCGCGGAGCGAUGCUGCGGUCGACGAGAUGGAUGCGAUCGUGGACGCGUUGACUGCCAAGGAAGAGGCGCUGCGCCAGCAGGAAACGCACGUCGCAGCCCAGCUCGAGCUGCUCCAGCGCCUGCACACGCCGCGUCGCCGCCCCACGGACCUCGACCAAGCGACCGAGUUGGUCACACUCAAUGUCGGCGGCACCUUGUUUAGAGCCGCGCGGAAGACGCUGUGCCGCGUGCUAGGGAGCUACUUCGAUGCGUGUCGUGCGGUUCGAACACUCCCAUUGCACGGCCUUGACGAAGCAGACGUGUCGGACUUGCGUGCGAUGCUCGACUACCUCCAGCUGGACGUUCUUCAACCCAGCACCCCGUCGCCGCCCACACCCGCCGUGCUGCGCUGGGACCCACAGCACUCGGCGAAUUCGAGUCUCUUCUUGGACAACAUGACACUGGCGUCGCACGUGGGCCGUCAAGCAGGCAUUGUGAUCGCGUCACAGCCCAUCGCAACGUUCGCCGUGUGUGUCAAGCUCUGCAGCACCAUUGACAUUGGGUUUACACUCUGGGACCCUUCGUAGCCCGUGCCCGAACCCUGCAAGCCCCUUCACGGCUGGUUCUUUAGCUGCGAGAAGGGCGAGAUGUUCGCGACGGACCAAGGUCGGACGAACAUCGUUUUGGGCCCACGAAACCGCUACGUUCGAUCCUCCUCCUCAUGACGUGGCAUCGCGAGAUGCAGCGGAUCUCGUUUGCUGUCAACGGAAUCAUGCUCCCCGCGCGCCUUGCGUGUGGACCCACGAUGGAUGGGUCGCUGUAUAAUGUACCUUCCUGUAUUAUCCAA